UUUCGUUUAUCACGAGACUAUCUCAAUAACUUUUCAAGUUAAAAAGUAGAAUUUUUAUUGAACGUUUUGAGCUUUUUGAAAACAAAAAUCUGGUUAUUAUUUGCCAAUGCACUGAUUUGUAAAUUUUCAUUUGCGAUAUCUUCCGAAAAAAAUUUAAAAAAUUAUAAAAAGCUAUAUUUUUUAUGACGCACAACUCGAUAACUUCUUAAUCAGCAGAUUUUUCAACGCUUUUUGAGUUUUAAAUCAACAGAAAAUUCCUAGGAUGGCCUGCUAGGUCAAAUUUUUUCAAUUUUUUUGAAACGUUAUCUAUAAAAGUUUAUCGAUCACAUCGACUGUAAAUAGAAGCUUGAAAAUUUACUUUACAUAAUAAAUUUUAUUUUUCUGAUGAUAAUUCUUGACAUGUUAUGUCCCCUUCAAAAAGUUCUCAACAUACCUUGAAAAGCAAACAGACUAUUACAUAACACUCCAUCAACCCUACAGUAAAUGACAGCGGCCUGUAUAUUUAAUAAUGUAUACACAAAAUAUACCAUUUUUUUCGCCCCAAUCAUUUUAUUCUCGAUUGACAGUACUCUCGCCCACGCGUUAAAAGCUGCUAAAAAAGUCACAAAAUGACUCAAUGUUGUUGCUCAAAUUCUUCUUUCAUUUCACUCCGUUUACUAAUUGUCUUGUUUAAAGUAUUCGGAUUAGCACCGUUUGCAACUAAGAUCGUUAUCGAUAAUGAGAAUAAUCAAGAAAAAAAUACUUUUAAAAUAGAGUUUUCGUCUUCUGUACUUGGAUCCAUUUACAGCUUGUUAAUCGUUCUGAUAAUUUUGAGUGAAAUAAUUUAUAACUACAUAUUAUGGCCGAUAAAUGCCUACAUACUUCUUCACAUCUACAAUUUAUUCAAAAAAAUCGGUCUGAUAACAAUUAUUUUAAGUUUUUUAUUCAGACAAAAAUCUUUGGUAAAAAUAAUAGAAACACUAUACACGAUAAAUAAUGCGUUCAAUCAAAGUGACAUUUUAAGACCUUUAUCACGCCGAGAAAAAUUCUACAGAAUAGUAACGGUGACUGUUUACUUAACAAAUUCAUUGAUUCUUAUGACAAGUUACAUCUUGAGUGAAAUAUUCUAUUUUCAAAAAAAUUCAUUUAUUGCUAACAUAAAUAUUGUUGUGGAAUACGCUAUCAUAUUUACUAUCGGCUGGUUUAUUACCCAGUAUUCGCUGCUAUUAAUUUUUGUUUAUCACAAAUUGUGUAUGUUCAAUGAAUUUUUUGAGCUCUGUUUCACUGGAGAAAAUUAUUCGAUAGACAGCCAAAAUUGUUUUAUAUGUGAAAACACCCUACUCAAAUUUACCUCACUACGAAAAUUAUAUCAGAGUACUUACAACGCAUUGAGUGAUAUUGCACAACUUUAUUCACUGCCUAUUUUAGUAGCUUUUGUAAUUAUUAUCCCAAAAUUAAUUAGCGUUGUCAGUAAUACGAUUGAUUACAAUGAAAGUCGGGAUGAGUCAAUACUUUUAAAAGUAUUUAAUAACUUGAUAAUGAUAUUUUUAUACUUUCCUGUAAUUAAUUUGACUGUCUUUGCAACGAAAAUAAACGAAGAAAUCAAGCGUAUCACAAUUAUUUUAUACAAAGGAAUCACCGAUGGAUCAGGAGAAUUAAAUUCCGAACUUGAACAAUUUUCGGUGGAAAUGCUGCAUUGGAAAAUUGAUUUUUCAGCCUAUGGUUUUUUUCAAUUGGACAACUAUCUAAUAACCAGGAUCAUUUGUGUGAGCUUGCUCUAUAUGAUUAUUAUUGAGAAGUAACGGAGUCAAUUUUUUGAAAAUAUCCACUUGAAAUAUUACUAUGGAUGUCACCUAGUCUACUUUCAUCAUACUUAUUAUCUUACUCAACUAUUUACUAGAAAAAUUAAAAAUUUGACAUAAUUGGGAAGUUAUUGGUUUUCAAUUUCUUCUUCAUAUUAUCAGUUCUAAGAAUCAAAUAACUCACAUUGUUCGAAAAAAGAAACGUACUCGUACAAAAAAAAAAUUUGUUAUAAUUAAUCUAAU